AAUAACUUAGUAUAUGAUCAUGUAUAUAAAAUGAAGGGAUCCCCCACAAAUUCCUACUAUAUAUAGAUGUUGAAUUACGCAUCAAAUUCAUUCCCGAGAUUACCAUACCACUUAGCAACUAACCCAAUAUAAAUAUAUUUAUAAAUAGUUGGUGCCAUCCAUGGCUAUGGUGGUAGUAACACUUCUUCUUUUGGGCACAUUGAUGGUGAGUCUGCUACUUAAGGUGGCCUAUGAAACCAUCUCAUGCUACUGGCUAACCCCGCUGCGAAUCAAGAAGAUCAUGGAGAUGCAAGGCGUCCGUGGCCCAAAGCCCAGAUUCUUCAGCGGCAACAUCUUGGACAUGGCUUCUCUUAUCUCCAAAACAACCUCUAAUGACAUGAAAACCAUAAACCAUGAUAUCGUGGGUCGCCUCCUCCCGCACUUUCUCCUCUGGUCCUCCCAAUAUGGUAAGAGAUUUGUAUAUUGGAACGGAACGGAACCAAGAUUGUGUAUAGCAGAGACAGAAUUGAUCAGAGAGUUUCUUUCUAAAUGUAGCACGGUUUCCGGGCGGUCAUGGCACCAAAGGCAGGGAUCAAAGCAUUUCAUUGGAGGAGGAUUGUUGAUGGCCAAUGGCCAAGAUUGGUACCAUCAACGCCACAUCGUUGCCCCUGCUUUUGGCGGAGACAGGCUCAAAGGAUAUGCAGGGCACAUGGUUGAAUGCACCAAAGAAAUGCUUCAAUCUCUGCAAAACGCAUUGGAUAGUGGCCGAACCGAAGUGGAGAUUGGCGAAUACAUGACCAAACUCACUGCUGAUAUUAUUUCUAGAACCGAGUUCGGCACAAGCUACCAGAAGGGCAAGAAGAUAUUCCAUCUUCUGAAAGUUCUGCAGACUCGUUGUGCUCAAGCUAGUCGCCAUCUUUGCUUUCCAGGAAGCAGGUAUUUUCCGAGCAAGUAUAACAGAGAGAUAAAGUCGUUGAAGAUGGAAGUAGAGAAACUAUUAAUGGAAAUAAUACAGAGUAGAAAAGACUGCGUCGAAAUUGGAAGGAGUGAGUCGUAUGGAAAUGAUUUGUUAGGAAUGUUGCUGAACGAGAUGGAAAAGAAAAAUAGUUUGGAUCUUCAGUUGGUAAUGGAUGAAUGUAAGACAUUCUUUUUUGCUGGCCAUGAAACCACUGCAUUGUUACUUACAUGGACAGUUAUGUUGUUAGCAUCAAAUCCCUCUUGGCAACAAAAAGUUAGAGAUGAACUUAAAAGCAUAUGUAAUGGUUCUGGAAUUCCCUCCCUGGAUCAACUCUCCAAGCUCACUCUUUUGCAUAUGGUAAUAAAUGAGUCAAUGAGGCUUUAUCCGCCAGCAUUAGUGCUACCAAGAAUGGCAUUUGAAGAUAUAUUAUUGGGUGACCUUUAUAUCCCUAAAGGCUUAUCAAUUUGGAUCCCUGUGUUGGCCAUUCACCACAGUGAAAAAUUAUGGGGCAAAGAUGCAAAUGAGUUUAAUCCAGAGAGGUUUACUUCAAAGUCAUAUACCCCUGGUCGUUUUUUACCAUUUGCUUCUGGCCCUAGAAAUUGUGUUGGGCAAGCAUUUGCAUUAAUGGAAGCUAAGAUCAUAUUAGCUAUGUUAAUCUCUCGCUAUAGCUUCACCAUUUCUGAAAAUUACCUUCAUGCCCCUGUGGUUGUCCUCACUAUCAAGCCCAAGUAUGGAGUUCAAGUUUGUUUGAAGCCCUUGGAGACAUGAUGAGCCGUAUACUACUACUACUACUACUAAUUGAGGGCAUGAUGGUCUUUUUCUCUUUUUUUAUUGUUAAUUUUAAAAUUUUGGGUCUUUUUUGGUAAAAUGCGGGGAGCGAGUUGUGAUCAUGUGUUGAUGAUCUUGAUGAGCAUUCUUGUAAUUUUUUAUUUCAUUUUCAACUUUUUUACAAUAUGAAGAGAUAGAGAUGAAAUAAUAAUGAUUAUUAUUGCAACCA